ACGAUGGUUGUUUGAGAAUCGAAAAUCUUUUGAAAAUUUCGUGUUUUCUCCAUUGGUUGAACUUUAGCUUUAAUUCAAACAAAAAUGGAAGAUGAAGAUUUCGUCGAAGUGGAAAAACCGGUCAUCAAGGCAAGGGCCCCAUUGCCGCACCUGUUGGGAGUGGUGGCGCAUGCAGUGAUCGAUGAUAAAUCGCACAGCUUGAUUGAGGAUCUGGCCAAGCGGAAGAAAUACACCAAACCGAUUUCGGAAAACUAUUGUGACGACAAGGAGAGCAUUCGACGUCGAUUGAAUGAAAGCGAUCGUGUAAUAUCGGAGUUACUCCGAGAUGGCCGGGAGCUGAUUCAGGACAUUCGCAUUGCUAACGACAAACGGGAAGUUGAAAGGCGUGUCAAAGAAGCGGAAAUCAGAGAGGAACUUUUGGAGAAACUGCAAAUCGAAUCUGCUGAGGCGGUUGCUAGAUUUGAAUCAAUAUCCGAAAAAUGGUCCGAGUUGAAGGAACUGAAGGAUCCUAUGGGCGUCAACGAUGAACUACAGUUGCAGAAAGAUCGAAUCCAUGACUUGAUGAAGCAGAAAGAUAUCAUCAUUGAUGAGUGCCGACAGGAGUUGAGACUCGCAGAUGAACGGUAUACCAGAGAUUUAUUGAAACAAACAACUGAUAUUCACAGUUUGGUAGAACGUGUUGAUAGUCAAAUUGAAAUAAUGAAGCGAACAUUUAAGGAACAUUUGGAUUUGUUAGAAAAUACAAUCGAUGAAGAACGGCAUAUAUUGCGUAUGGCAGCAUCGAAGAAAUGGGACGAUCUUUACUCUCGACGCGCUGUGAAUGAGCGAAUCAAAAUGAAACAGGAAAAAGAACGCCUUCAAUUUUAUCGAGAUGAAAUAGAUCGAAUCGAACAAGAACACAUUGAAGUUACCAGAGCGACGCGAAUAAGACUGGAGCAAGACAACCAGGCACUGGAGAUCGAACUUCAAAAAGUCAAAACUAACACCACUUUGAAUUCCGAAAAGCUCGACUACAAUUUUCAGGUUUUGAAAAAACGUGAAGACGAGAAUCUUAUGGUACGAAAUGCACAAAAGCGCAGAUUGACAAAACUAAAUGAGACCAUAUUUGUUCUGCGAAGAAAAAUCAAGGAUGUUCAGAUGAAUUGUUUGAUUGAAACCGAAAAACUGUCAUCUGAUAUCAUGAAAUUAAGAUUCAACAUCAGUCAUAUGAGCACAAAGGUCAAUACUUUUGCUGAAGUCAACGAUAAAAAGUACCAUUCCGUUUGGCAAAUGAACAAAAACGAAUGUUCUGAUGUUUUGAAAAGUAUUCUGGAAAUUGAUAAAAUGCUAGUCGAACAGCAUUUAGGAUUGAAGUGGCAAGCACCUGCCCUACCAGACGAUCAUGCACAACAAUUACCGGAAAAAAUUGAUUCUCUAGGAAGCGAUAGUACACUUAUGCCAUCUCAGUUGAGUACAUCGUUAAUGACGUUCGAAGACAAAAAUGAACGUACGCAAAUGUUGAAUAUUCUGCAAAUUGUGCUGAGGCAGGCUGGAUUUCUCGUUGAUAAAACAGCUAUCAAAUUGAUUGAAGAACACACAGAAGAUGAGAAAAAUCUCGUCUGUUUGGAUAAUGUAUUCAAUGCGUUAGGUAUCUCAAAGUGGGACGAUGUUCGGAAAUUGAAAGAAAAGUUUGAAGAGGUUAUGAAAUCUCAUUGUGAAUCGCCAACCGAUUCGUUCACGAAAUUUGAUGAAUCAAGCUCAGCACAGAGUGAUGAAACAGGAAACCAUAUUAAGGCUAUUACCGAUGCAGAUGUGAGUGAUUCCGAAAUGAGUUCAAUGCUGGUACCAUCCGAAAAACUACGAACUUUGAAAAACUUUUCACAACAAUUGGCCAGUGCUGACAAAACUUUGCCACCACCUGCGUAUGGUGGUUUGUCAAGAAAAAUUUCAGUUAAAGAAGUUAAAGAUUAUUGGACUAACUUCAAAAAUUUAUUCACGCCAGAUAGAGUGAAGGUAUGGAAUACUAUGGAAGACAAUUUGACGCAGUAUUUGAAGAUUCUGAAAGAGCGUAAAGGUUUAGAUGAGGAAUGCGAGUUUCUUAGAAAACAAAACAUGGAACUACAGCAUUUGAUGCAGAAGAUGUUGGCACCAAAAAGGGAAUUUCUUGGAUGAUAAAGCUUUGGAUGAUCUGAACUAUUAUGGUCAAACAUGGUUUAUAUACAGUUUAACAUUAUUAAGCAUCUGUUCCGUUUCGAGGAUUAAAAUCUUUAAAGUGCCAUGUGUGGAUAUAUUUUUAUUCGAUAUUUAUUUAAAUUCUGGACACCGAGGUCAACGGAAAAUCGAACAACUUCAUUCAAUUUUUGAUGUUACUUUUUAACAACGAAUCACAAUUCGGAUCAGUGCUAAAAUACUUUGCUUUUGUGAUCUAACUAGUGUGGCUCUAUAAAUAAAUAAUAACCAUCCAGCUAUUUAAAAGCGCUAAUGGCUACCGCACACAGGCUCACUUUCUUGUAGGGAUUGACCGAUUUGACAUUUGGUUUGGGUCGUUUUAUAUUGAGCGGACCCAAUCCAAACGUCAAAUCGACCCAUCCCUUCCAGAAAGCAAGCCUAUUUGAGGCAGCCAAGAGCGCUCGUAAAACAGCUGGAUAUUGCAGG